CCGCCUCCCGAGCUCUCGCGAGACCCGCGGCCCCGGUCCGCGCCGCCCUGGGCGCGGCGCUCUUCUCGCGAGGUUGCAGCAGGGCCGGCCCGACAUGGCGGAAGAGGAGGUGGCCAAGUUGGAGAAGCACUUGAUGCUUCUCCGACAGGAGUACGUGAAGCUGCAGAAGACGUUGGCAGAGACAGAGAAGAGAUGCACUCUUUUGGCUGCGCAAGCAAAGAAGGAAAGCAGCGACGAGUCCUUCAUCAGCCGCCUGCUGACGAUCGUGGCUGACCUCUAUGAGCAGGAGCAGUAUAGUGAUCUGAAGAUAAAGGUUGGGGGCAAGCACAUCAAUGCUCACAAGUUUGUGCUGGCGGCCCGCAGUGACAGCUGGAGUCUGGCUACUUUGUCGUCCACCGAGGAGCUGGACCUAUCAGAUGCUAACCCUGAGGUGACAAGGACGAUGCUCCGCUGGAUCUACACGGAUGAGCUGGAGUUCAGAGAAGAUGACGUGUUCCUGACUGAGCUGAUGAAGCUGGCGAAUCGGUUUCAGCUACAGCUCCUCAGGGAGAGAUGUGAGAAGAGUGUUAUGUCUCUGGUGAACGUCAGGAAUUGUAUUCGCUUCUAUCAGACUGCGGAGGAGCUGAGUGCCAGCACGCUGAUGAACUAUUGUGCAGAAAUUAUUGCCAGUCAUUGGGACGACCUGCGGAAGGAAGACUUCAGUAGCAUGAGUGCCCAGCUGUUGUACAAAAUGAUCAAAUCCAAGACCGAGUACCCGUUACACAAGGCGAUCAAAGUAGAGCGAGAGGAUGUGGUCUUCCUCUAUCUCAUUGAGAUGGACUCACAGCUCCCUGGGAAGCUGAAUGAAGUGGAUCAUAACGGAGACCUAGCUUUAGAUCUAGCCCUGUCACGACGACUGGAGAGUAUUGCCACCACGCUGGUUAGCCACAAGGCUGACGUGGACAUGGUCGACAAGAAUGGCUGGAGCUUGUUACACAAAGGAAUCCAAAGAGGAGAUCUCUUUGCUGCCACCUUCCUCAUUAAGAAUGGCGCCCUUGUCAAUGCUGCUACGUUGGGUGCCCAGGAGACACCGUUGCACCUUGUGGCUUUGUACAGUGCGAAGAAACACUCGGCAGAUGUGAUGUCUGAGAUGGCCCAGAUCGCAGAGGCCCUUCUGCAGGCUGGUGCCAACCCCAACAUGCAGGACAGCAAGGGCAGGACUCCCUUGCACACGUGCAUCGUGGCCAGGAAUGAACGUGUGUUCAGCCAGUUGCUGCAGUGCAAACGGCUGGAUCUGGAACUGAAAGACCACGAGGGCAGCACAGCUCUGUGGCUCGCGGUGCAGUACGUCACCGUGUCUCCCGACCACUCGGUGAACCCCUUCGAAGACCUCCCGGUGGUGAAUGGGACCUCAUUUGAUGAGAACAGCUUUGCAGCCAGACUCAUCCAGAGGGGCAGCAACACGAAUGCGCCGGACACUGUCACAGGGAAUGGCUUACUGCAGCGGGCGGCUGAAGCAGGGAAUGAGGCAGCGGCUCUUUUCCUGGCAACCAGUGGUGCCCAGGUCAAUCACAGGAACAAGUGGGGAGAAACACCGUUGCACACAGCCUGUCGGUAUGGCCUGGCCAACCUUACCGCAGAGCUCCUGCAGCAAGGUGCCAACCCGAACCUGCAGACAGACGAAGCUCCGCCUUUGCCGAAGGAGGCCACGUCUGCGACCAGCUCCGUGGACAGUGUCUAUCUGCAGACACCACUGCACAUGGCCAUUGCCUAUAAUCAUCCGGAUGUGGUGUCUGUCAUCCUGGAGCAGAAAGCUAAUGCUCUUCAUGCCACCAACAACUUGCAAAUCAUUCCGGACUUCAGCCUCAAGGAUUCCCGAGACCAGACGGUGCUGGGCCUGGCAUUAUGGACUGGCAUGCACACGAUCGCAGCCCAGCUGCUGGGCUCCGGGGCCUGCAUCAACGAUGCCAUGUCGGACGGGCAGACCUUGCUGCACAUGGCCAUGCAGCGGCAGGAUAGCAAGAGCACGCUCUUCCUCCUGGAGCACCAGGCAGACAUAAACGUCCGGACUCAGGACGGGGAGACAGCCCUUCAGCUGGCCAUCAGAAACCAGCUUCCACUCGUAGUGGACGCCAUAUGCACCCGGGGAGCGGAUAUGUCCGUGCCGGAUGAGAAGGGGAACCCCCCACUGUGGCUCGCCUUGGCAAACAGUCUGGAGGACAUCGCCUCUACCCUGGUCAGACAUGGUUGUGAUGCCACGUGCUGGGGCCCGGGGCCCAGUGGGUGCCUGCAGACACUCCUGCACAGGGCCAUUGAUGAAAACAAUGAGUCGACCGCCUGCUUCCUCAUUCGCAGUGGCUGCGACGUGAACAGUCCCAGGCAGCCCGGCCCUAAUGGAGAAGGGGAGGAGGAGGCCAGAGAUGGGCAGACCCCCUUGCAUUUGGCAGCCUCCUGGGGGCUGGAAGAGACGGUCCAGUGUCUUCUGGAAUUCGGUGCCAAUGUAAACACACAGGAUGCAGAAGGAAGAGCACCUGUCCACGUGGCCAUCAGCAACCAGCACAGCGUCAUCAUUCAGUUGCUGAUAUCCCACCCCGAUAUCCACUUGAGUGUCCGCGACAGACAGGGGCUGACCCCUUUUGCCUGCGCCAUGACUUACAAGAAUAACCGGGCAGCUGAGGCCAUCCUCAAGCGAGAGUCUGGGGCUGCCGAGCAGGUGGAUAACAAGGGCCGGAAUUUUCUGCACGUGGCAGUUCAGAACUCUGAUAUUGAGAGCGUCCUGUUCCUGAUCAGCGUCCAGGCUAAUGUGAAUUCCAGAGUCCAGGAUGCCUCCAAGCUGACCCCUUUGCACCUCGCCGUCCAAGCAGGCUCAGAGAUUAUUGUCCGCAACUUGCUUCUUGCAGGAGCCAAAGUGAAUGAGUUAACGAAGCAUCGCCAGACUGCCCUCCAUCUCGCCGCCCAGCAGGACCUGCCCACCAUCUGCUCCGUCCUCCUGGAGAACGCAGUGGACUUCGCUGCUCUGGAUGAGAAUGGAAAUAAUGCUCUUCAUCUUGCUGUCAUGCACGGGCGGCUCAACAACAUCCGGGUCCUCCUGACCGAGUGCACCGUGGACGCUGAAGCCUUUAAUCUACGAGGCCAGUCACCACUGCACAUCCUGGGGCAGUAUGGCAGAGAGAACGCGGCAACCAUCUUCGAGCUGUUCCUGGAGUGCAUGCCUGAGUAUCCUCUGGAUAAACCGGACGCGGAAGGAAACACAGUGCUGCUCUUGGCAUACAUGAAAGGGAACGCCAACCUGUGCCGUGCCGUCGUCCGCUCCGGGGCUCGCCUUGGGGUCAGCAAUAACCAGGGAGUCAACAUCUUCAACUACCAGGUUGCCACCAAGCAGCUUCUGUUCAGACUGUUAGACAUGCUGUCCAAGGAGCCUCCGUGGUGCGACGGGUCCACCUGUUACGAGUGUGCCGCCAAGUUUGGAGUCACGACUCGCAAACAUCACUGCCGCCACUGCGGACGCCUUCUUUGCCAUAAAUGCUCGACCAAGGAGAUUCCUAUUAUAAAGUUUGACCUGAACAAGCCCGUGCGAGUUUGCAACAUUUGCUUUGAUGUACUGACUCUGGGGGGGGUCUCUUAGGGAGCCCCCAGGCCACACCCCGGUCGCCUCCCCAGCAGCUGUUCUGCUCUCCAGCCCGACCCACCCAGAGCAGGGGUUGCCGGCCCGUCUUCCUGCGGAACAGACUGAGCGAUUAAGGACCCCGCUGUGAUUGACCCCAUCUCAAGGAUCCGGUGGGUUGUCCGUGUGUCCGACUGGGAUCGAGGUCACUGGAUGACUCGGGGGGGCAGGCCUUGUCGCCUCAGUGGCACCUGUGACAGGAGUUGGACCCCAGUCUGCUUGCAACUUACGAGGACACUCGGAAAACCAGUCCCCUCCCAGUAGCUUAGUGUCCGUGUCGAGCAUUGCCGUGGUCUUCCCGCGCGGGCGGGCGGACGGGUGGUCAGAGCCCCGCAGGGGGAGGCGGGCGUCUGGCCGCUCGGUGAGCGCUGUCUUCACUCUGGGUAAGUGGCAGUGCGCAGCGUUUUCAUAAAGAUCAUAGGAUACUCUUGCCCGAAGUCCUUUUUUUUUAAACCUAAGCUGAGAUUUUUUAGUGAGCUGCCCCUUUAAAAAAGGUGAAAUCUUUCUAAACAGGGUUCAAAGAUGAGAGCUGAAAAAUCGUGGCCUUAACAACUGAAAGCUUUACCCGUCUUCACGCUCCUGGGUUCAGGAGUGCAGCGUCUCGUUCUCUCGUCUGGCUGUGUCCUGUCUGUGGAGGCCUCGCUCUGCCACCGGGGCAUGGUGGUGGAGGUGCACUUUGAUUGUGCUGCACUUUUUAAAAAACAUAGCUGCAUUAUGGCUGAUUCCGAUUUAAAAAUCCACAUUCAGAAGUAGCCUCACACAUCCACGCAUUAGUGAUUCUGAUGAUCAGCUCUGAUGGGACCUCAGUGCACAGGGAGCUGCGGAGUGUCCCUGGGAGCAAGAGUGUCACCCGGGCCCAGCGGUGGGGAGGGGAUCGUGCAGCCUCAGGCCGGCAGGUGCAGGAAUCCCGAGUUCCCAGCGGCUUGCCCCGCCCCGCAGGUGCGAGCCGGUGGGGAACACGCUGGCUCGUCCGCGGAAUGAGGCCCCAGAGCCUCCUGGCCCUAGUCGCUGCUAGUGCGUAUGCUAACCCUGUGGCGCUGAACGUCUCCCUUGGAAGGUUUGGCCAGUUUUUUAAAAAUGUACAUUUAAAGAGAAACUUCUAGCACUGCUUUGAAGAAAGAAACCCUGAGAUGAACAUGUGUGUUCCUAAGUUAUUCUCAGAGAUUAACAGUCUCGAUCGUAAUGCUGAUUUUUCAGACAUUUAACAACCACUACAUUGUUUUUGCAUUAAUGAAGUAUGGGUAUAUGUGUAAAGGGACUAAAUAUUUUUUUGGGUAGUAGUAUGUUCUUUCUGUUGCUGUAGAUUUAUACAUUUCGUUGCCUAAAUGUGUGUGUAAAAUGAGCUGAUAAACCAGAGUGCUACUUUUUAAUAUUUCUGUGACUUAUGAAAUAUAUAAGCUUUCUAUGUUAA